GAUGAUGUAAGAACCAAUACGCCAGCCUCACGUUUACGCCUUCCUCUUACUAGUGUGAACUGCAAGUGAAGCCAAGCCAGAGUGCAGGAGGAAGUCGGAGGCAAGUAGCCGUUCGCAGGUCAACUGGGUAAGAAGGCAUCUGAGAUUUGCCAGUCGCCUUCAGGGCACCAAAGAAGCCACUUUCUGCAUCCAUGGAUAAUGAGAGUACAGAACACUACAAUGCUUCUGAAAUAGUAAUCUCUUUGGUUUACAUCUCCGUGACAAUCUUCAGUAUUCCAGCCAACCUUUUGUCACUUUUUGAGUUCAGCAGGCAGCUGAAAAAGAAAAAUGAACUUGCAGUCUACCACAUGAAUCUGGCAGUGGCAGAUCUCCUGUUAAGCAUAAGUCUGCCAUUCUGGGUUUAUAUUGCUUUAGAACAUCCAUCUGUGAAGAAAAGCGCAGCACUUACAUUUAACUGUUUCCUUACCUUUUUGAACUAUUACGGAAGUGCGACAUUCCUAUGCUGCAUUGCAGUUGACAGGUACUUGGCCAUUGUGUACCCCCUAAGGUUUUAUGUUUUGAGAAAAGUAAAAUUUGCUGUUUACAUCAGCUUCAUUAUCUGGACUUUACAACUGCUGCUCACUUCUGUUCUGGUUUUUUCAAGUGAGACCAUUACGGAUAGCAACAGCAGUUCAUUUUGCACCACAACUUGUUCGGACAAUGAUUGGAAAGUUAGAACUUUCAGUUUUUUACGAUUUUUUAUAGGCUUUUUUAUUCCUUCCUCACUUAUAAUCUUCUGUGGCUAUGGGAUUUACAAAGGUGUCAUGCAAAACAAGGCUACCGGCAAGCACGAGAAGAGUACAGUUAACAAACUGCUCUUGGGCAUAAUAGUAACCUUUUUAAUCUGUUUUGGCCCCUAUCAUGUUGUCCUUCUCAUUUGCAGUGUGAAAAACUACGAAAGCUCAGAGAGUCUAGAGUUGGUCGUCACAAUAACAGGCUGCCUUAUAACCUUAAACUGCAUUGCAGACCCUCUCCUCUACUGCUUUGUACAUGAAAAAGCUAGAAAGAAUUUUGUGAACACCAUGUUGCUUUGUAAAAAAAGGCAUUGUUUGUGUAGUAACGAUGAGGUAUAAUCAGGUAACUGUUUACAACUGUACAGUAAGAUAUCUAUGGCUAUAAUAAUAAACAUGAAAAAUGAAACAGAGGAAUUUAAAAUAUGUAUGCACUCUUUAGGUUUAAACAGCAUGUAUAAAAAUGUCAACAUAGUGAGAAUGAUGUUGGAUGACAAAUACUAGUUGUUAAUGCUGAGUUCUUUAAAGGCAUCGUGUACUCUGCAUAUCCCGAUACACUGCAAGACUGAUGGCGCUAAAUUGAAGCUGCCUGUGCUUUGGCAGCACCAAGAAAAGAAGACUGCCACUCGGCUGAGUUUCACUUGGCAUGCUUUAGUAGAUGUGAGUUUAGUCCAAGUACAAGUAAAGCACCUCUCAGCUUUGUGAAAUAAUAGCGGGUAAUAACAAUAGACUUCAAGUUGGAUCCUGUAGAAUGAAACUGAGGCAGCAUGGUGGUGUGGUGUUUAGCGCUGCUUCCGUGCUGGUUGUUUCUUUUAUGGAGUUUGCACAUUCUUCUUGUGUCUUCAUGGGUUUUCUUGAUGUAUUCUGUUUGAUCUCUGAGAUUCCAAAGACAUAUGCUGGGUUAAUUGUUGUUACUAAAUUUCCCCUAUUUAAUUGAAUAUGCCUUGUAAUGGACCAGUGCCCAUACAUGGAUGGAUCCUACCUUGUACCUGAUACUGCUGGAGCUGGCUUCCCACACGGUUUCUCUCUCGUGGCGGGAGAAAGUUUGAGAAUAUUUGUUAUAGAAUGAAGCAAAAGAGAUAAGAACUGAAUAAAAAUAGCUCUGGAGGGCAAUUAUAGUUGAAGUGUUUGUAUAUCCACAGUCACACUGAUAUAUUGUCUCCUUUUUUAACUCGCACAACUUCUUUGAGUGAUGUCUCAAUGCUGUGCCUUCCAGGGUUUUCACGUCCUAAUCCUGACACCCCUUUUAGGAGACCUUAAGGUCAGAUUGCU